UUCAACGCAGUGCCACGGACAGAGCUUAAGGUCGCCCUUGGCCAUCCAUAUCUGAAGAUCCUGCUGAUCCGGGUAACGAGGCGUCUGGGCGAAGUAGCGUAUCUUGGGCAUCGACCUAAUGUGACUUAUGCGACUACAUUACCCACAUUCUUGCCUUUUGAGGUCAAGAGGCGCCCGCCGUCCACCACCCGCCUCGGGGCGAGGUGUCAAAUUUCAAACUCGUGUUACUUGUCAAAGGAUGCACCAAGUCCUAGCUCUUCUGAUGCAGCAUGCGUGGGUAGGUAG